AUGGAUCAAAUGUUAGAGAGGCUUGCUAGACAUGAGUACUACUGUUUCUUGGAUGGAUACUUAGACUACAACCAGAUUGUAGUGGAUCUCAAAAUCCAAGAGAAGACUUCUUUCACUUGCCCUUAUGGUGUUUUUGCAUAUAGACGUAUGCCUUUGGAUAGAAGUGGAGCAGAAAAUAAGGUGGCUGACCACCUAUCAAGGAUACCAAAUGAGGAGAAUAAAGCAUACAGCCCUGGGGUAAAUGAAAGCUUCCUGGAUGAGCAAUUGAUGAUGAUUCAAGAGGCUCCAUGGUUCGCAGAUAUAGCCAACUUCAAGGCGAUUGAAGAGCUACCUUCCAACAUCAACAAGAACUUAAAAAGGAAGCUCAUCAAUGAUGCCAAGUACUACAUUUGGGAUGAGUCUUACCUCUUCAAGAGGUGUGCUGAUGGGAUUCUAAGAAGAUGCAUCUCUCAUGAGGAAGGACAAGAGAUUCUUUGGCAUUGCCAUGGAUCCAUCUAUGGAGGACAUUUUAGUGGAGAAAGGACUACAACCAAAGUGUUGCAAUGUGGAUUCUUUUGGCCUACAAUAUUCAAGGAUGCAAAUGAGUUUUUAAUAGGGUGCAAUUGA